AUGCACCCUUUGAGUGGAUAUUCGACACCGCGCCUGAGACCCGACCUGAGAGGACAUUCGCGUUACGGGAUCUGGACAGCGCCAUCUUUGGAUGAUGACCUUGGCUCUACGCUCUUUGGCCGCCAGAACAGACAGAUUCUUUUUUUCUGUCUGGGGUUCAUCUUUCCUCUGUCUUGGAUGCUCGCGUCGUGCUUGCCCCUACCCCCUGAUCCGACCGUGGCCCCCACUCCUAGUCAGGCUGAUAUGGACCAGCAUUUCAGCUACCAAUUCGGACCUGCAGACGACAAAGCCUUCCAGAAGGCAGUUUGGUGGCGCAAUCUGAAUCGCAUCAUGUCCGUCAUUGGCACGGUGCUUAUAGUGGUGAUAAUCGUUCUCGCAGUCCUUGUGGCAAGGAAAUCCUAG